UCUUUCUUUUAUCAAAUUCUAUAAUGCACGAAAUUGGUUAAAAGACAAAUAUCAAAAAACACAUAUCUCAAAAAAGAAUCUUAUUAGAAAAUGUAAAUGUUUAUAAAAACUGAAAUUAAGUUUGUGUUAGACCAAAACAAUAUUAUUAAAGUUUUAAGAACAAUUAUCUAAGCAAAUCUAAAUGAAUUUAAUAAUUUGGAAAAAAUUUUUACAGCGUUCUUCCAUUGGAUCUUGGAUUUUCGCCUUAGAAAAAUCUAAACUCACGCCUCUUUAGGUCAAUAAUAACCGCGUAAAGAUGAUCAUAUGAUAAAAUGGAGCAAACUCCAGCAGAACUUCUCAAAGGCAUUCUUAAUACCGCCGAAAGGCAUCCCAAUGCCAAAGUAUCCAAACUCAUAAAAUCUUUUGAGGAUGACAAGACUCCUCAAAAUAUAGCACUUUUGCUUAUUGAAUUAGCAGAACAUGCUGAGUUCUCGGCAGAUAUAACAAUAUCAUUAAAAUAUUACCUGGAUUGCUUUAAGGAAUUACGGCAAGAGCCCUCUUUUGCUGAAGCUGGUGUUGUUUUGUUUAAUUCUUCUAAAAUAUAUGCGAAGCGAGUUGACCAUAUUCAUAGUGAAAUAGAAAGGUUGAUUUUGUCAUUGAGCAAUGUUGAAAACACUGCAGAGAAGGAACAAAAUGCUUCAAAUCUCGAAGCUGCGUCGCAAAAUACAGAAAAAGUUAAGCGAGGUAAAAAACGUACCUUGGAACAGAUAAACGGAGCCAUUGAAGCGGAUAUGAGUUCUAAACGUUUUAAAAAACUAGCAAAUAAUAAAAGAUUUGAAGGUGCGACAACGCCGAAGCGCAACAAUAUUUUAAAAACUCUUGUGCCGGAAUCUGAUAAGUCAAUGAAAAGCUAUAUACCCCAUUCGACUUGGCAAUAUUCGGCCAUCCAAGAUUUUGAUUAUGAAGACGAAAUUGACUCAAAGAAAAAUUACAAGUUGUUCACUUAUCAUCUGGAGCACAGAUACAACACACUCAUUCCGGAUAUAAACUUUAAAAUGUAUUUUAAGAUAAAAGACUUUAUCAAUGGCGAUUGUAAUGAUGCGGCCCUGCCCGAAUCAUGGCCGCCGCUCUCAGAGGCUUAUAUUGAACAAUUCUUAGAUUUUGAGGACGCUAUUUUACAAAGAGAGGGACACUUAAGCAAAGCUCGAGAGAAACUAGACGCCUCGUCUAGAUUGAAAGACCAUUGUGGCAAUAGUUUUGACAAAGGCAAUGUUCAAAAUUCUGAUAAUGCAUUUACAUCGGCGGACUCAGGCUUUGAAACUGAUUUAAAUACAAGCAGUAUUCUUACAUGUUCACAAACACAAGGGAAUAUGAGCACGCAAAUAAGCGUGUGCGGAAGCAAUACCUCCGCAAAGAGCUUCGAUUCAGGUAUAGGAUCUGAAAUGAGUGUUCAAUCACAAGCAAUGGACGAAUCUCAAACCAGUGUUUCAGAAAGCACUCAAAAUAUUGGAGAUUCAUUGGAAUCAGGGACUGGAUUGGACACAAGUAAUCCAUCACAAACGACAAACGAAUCGCAAAACAGUCUUUUGGGAAGCAGCCAUCUUAAUGGUGAUGUGACGGAAACAACUGAUGUAUUUAAAAUGAGCAUUUCAGACAGCAACCGAAUUUCAGGAGAUUCGGGGUUAGAUUGUAACGAAAGUUCUCAACCAACAGAAAGUAAAGAACAAAACGUAACAGAUGUAUCUCCUCAAGGAAUAAAUGAGCUCGAAAUCAACACCCACAAGACAAACAGUGAUCCAACUCUGCUUGAUCCUACAAUGCCUCGCGGAGACGACGACCUUUCAACUUUAAAAAUCAUACUACCGCAUUUACCGGACGAAGGGAUUUAUUUCUCGGAUCUCGAUGAAAAAGAUCGACAAAUGCUGUCACCUGCCGUUGUUACUCAAGAUGUCUUUCGUUGUGUAAAAGACAAGAGCAAUAUUGUUAUCCGAGUAGACGAUGCAAUUGAACAUUUAUUCAAAAUUAAAGAACCAAGUGAAGAAAUUCUAUCACUUCCAUUGUACGAGAGGCAACAUUUUACACUACGGCUAAAUAUACUUAAGAUUCCACUUAAGUAUUUCAACAAAAAUAGAGGAUUUAAACUUACACCGGAAUUUGAUUUGUUGAAAAAAGAGCGUUUGAAAAAGUAUUUAAAACGUUCAAGCGUUAUUAGCAGUACAUCUGUUAAAAGAUGCCUGCGAACAACUAAGAACGUUGAUGAAAUACCAGAACAUAUUUCCCCGCCGUCAUCGCCAUCAUAUGAACCUGAUUGGCUGGGUUUUCCCGAGGAUACUUUGAUGGAUAAAAACCGAACCUUGAGUCGAGAUUCUGGAAUAAGUUUGCACCCGACAGAUAGAGAGAACAUUGAAGACUUUGGAGAGUCACCCCCACCAGAUUUGCUCAGCAGCACUCUGAAACCAGGAGCUCUUGAAGAUGGGUUUAAUGAAAAUGUGGAAAGUUCAACAACUACACCAACCGAAGAAAUUCCUAAACCUUCAUCAACCGCAUCACCCGCCGAAGAACUCCCUGAAUCUUCAGAAAAAACAUCACCUGAAGAACUACCUGCGCCUUUGGAAGAAACUUCAGAAGUAAUCAAAGAACCCAAUAAUCCCACGGCAGUGGAAAAAGAAGUUAGUACAAAUGAUGACAAAAUCGAAUCUAACGGUUCAACGGAAGACAAUCAAACCGAUGUCGACGACAUGGUGAUGAAUGAAGAAAACCGAGUCAGAACAAAAGUCCACGAAUGGCAUAGUCAUCUGCAACCAAUACUUGCAUGUUCACGAGAGCGACAUCAUUUCGAUGUGUUUGCUAUUGGCACCGAAAUUAUGACGCAAUUUGAUAGAAAUGACGUCGGCACCGAGAAGGUAUCCUUCAAAAACGUUAUGGAAGAAAAAGACGAAUCGCUUAUAUCGCGAUAUUUCUUAUCGAUGUUAUUAUUAGCAAAUCAAGGAAACAUUAUGAUCGACGUGCAGAAUAAAAGUACCAAUGAACCUAGUGAAUUACAUGAUAUACGAUUAAAGCUCUUAAGUCGAAAGCGUAAUAUUGUGUCACUUGAAGACAACAUUGGUCUGAGAACACCUGCUGCAACACCUACAACAAAUAUCAACCAGGGGGGACAACAACCCCUAAAAGCAAUAGUGCGAACUCUUAAGAGUGUUCCUGAAGUACCCAAAAUAGACGACCGAGACUCGGGUGUCGCAUUGUCUGAGGCAUCAAUUUUAUGAGAAUAUUAAUCAUUUUAACUUUUUCUCUUGAAAGCUUUUAUCGUUUAUGUACCUGAAUAAAAUCACUUUAAAUUGUUUUACCAUUCAAAAUUAGAAUUGAAAAUUUGGUUAGUUUCAGGUUUUUUUUUCUAUUUUAAUCAUCUGAAUUCAAUUUUUCACCAAAGUCAAUAACAAAUAUCAUAGAUUCCCUUUUUCAAUUUUUUUUGUUUGUUAAGUUAAUCCAAAUUAAGAUGUUUUUUUUUUAAAUCUCAAAAGCAUGAUUUUCCCAAUGAUCGCUUCAGAUUAAAACUGUUUUGUUGUUUAAAGUCUUGCGCUUAAAGAACCGGUAAUAAUCGUUCUACUCAGAUGACGAUUCGUCAAACUGGUAAAGACAAAUAGUUUUUGUCUGACGUGAUCUAGUCGCUUAAAGUAGAAAAGUCUAAGUCAAACCGUUAUGUUGUAAUAAUUCGUGGAAAUUUGGAAUGUUCUUUAAAAAAAAGGAGACCCUAAAAUGGGAUAACAAAAACGAUUUUUAUCAGUAGUUCAGGUUGAGGUGUUUAAUCUGAAUUUUAGUUUUAGUUUAAUAUGGUUUUUAAUUUAUAUAAUUAUUACAAAUAUGAAAAGUUUAUACCUUGUUACAAAUAUUCAAAAUACAAAUAUGCGCUAGUUUAGGAACGAAAUACUUUUUUUUCUUUUAAUUUAAAUAAUUUUUUAAAUGACUAAUUUUGUUUGUAUAAACCUGAAAAGGUAUAUACUUUGAAUCAUUGAAUUUAUACACUUUUGGUUUGAUUUAUAGGUUAUUAAUUUAGCUUGAAUAAUUAUUUAAUUUGCUUUUUAAAUGUAAUUAUAAAAAUUAUUUGUAUUCAUUAUUUUUCAUUUAUAAUAAAAAAAAAGAAACUUAUAAAAUGUAAAGUUUAAGUGAAAUAUUUUUGUUGUUUUUUUCUUCUUUAUGGUGGCAUUUAUGUUAUGCUAGGUCUUAUUUUAAUCUUAUGGAAUUGACAACUCUUAAAUCGCAUCUUUAGCAAUGAAAACAUUUUUUAUGUUAAGCUGAGAUACAUUCAAAUAAUAUAACAAACCAAACCAUUUAAACAAAAUUUAAUACCUGAACUUGAAUUCAAAUUUAUGCUUUCAAAUAUGUGCAAACAAAUUUAUGAAUUUAAAAUUCAAAAUUUUGUAAAUGCAAACUCUUUUUCGAAAAGAUGGAAGUUGAAAUUAAUUUUAAACAAAGCACGCUAAGAAAUAAUUUUGACUAAUUUGUAUAAUAAUUGAAGCUUACCACUAAAAAAGUUGGUAGCAAAGAAUAUAAUAAAGAAAAUACUUUCUUGCUUCAAUUUGUAUCAUAAACUAUGUACAUAAUAAAGUUAAUGUUUAUAAAUUGUAACUAUAAUAGAACUGUGCCUUAAGCAUUUUAAACUCGGGUUCGAAUAAUUUAGAUUGAUUUUUUUUAUAAAAACACAGCAUGAAAAAUUAACUUUUCUAAAAAUGAAUGCUGUUACAGAAUUUUCUGUAAAAGGGCCGACACUUAUUUUUAACUUAAGAAAUGGCAUUAAAAUAUACAAACAACAAUUAAGAACAACUUAUGAACCAUUCAAUCUAAAAGCAUUUACGAAAAUUUGUUGUUCAGAUUAAUUCCAUUCCAAGGUUUUUUUCUUGUUUUAAGUUUUAAGGUCUAAAAUUGUUGCUUUUUUUAAUAUAAACACAUAUUUUAAAUUGGAAUUAUAAACUUUUUGUGCACAGAUUGGAGAAUGGAUAUAUGAACACAUUUUUUGUUUAUUUUUUUUUUUAAAUUAUACCGAGAAUAAUUGUAUUUAGUCUGUAAAUUAAUUUGAUUAUAAUAGAAUUUAGGUAAAAUGUACAAACUAUUAUGUAAACAAAAAUAAAUAGAAUAAAAUUAGAUUGUAAAUUGCAAAUAAAAAAAUGAAUUUUGUCACUAAAAUUAUAUUAAAAAAUAAAACUUAUUGUAAAAUUAACAUUUAUCAAAUUUUUAUUUCACUGUAAUUAUAAAUGAACAUUAAAUCUUUUAUUAAAAAAAUCGAA